AUGAAUAAGGAUGAAAAUACGGAUGCAGUACCUGAACGAGAUGAAGCCCUCGCCAAUUUGGCGAGAACAACAAAUGUGUUUUUGCAAACUUUAACGGUUACAUUGAAAGGGCGGGAUAGAAAGCGCCAGGCCCGUGCUAUUAUCGAUUCAGCUUCACAGAGAUCUCAUAUUUUAAAAAGCACUGCAGAUGAAAUGAAAUUUGAGAGUACAUCUAAAGAAAGAUUGAGCCAUUCAUUAUUUGGCGGAUAUUAUUUGUGGAAGUAUAUACCACCAGUUGCUAAUGGCGAGUGGAUUCAAGAGCUUAAAGAGAACAAUAUAUCCGUAUGCGACGAUAGUAAUGGACCAAUAGAAAUACUUAUUGGCGCUGACAUUGCAGGCAAGUUGAUGACCGGAGGAUUUAAAUUGCUUACUUCAGGCCUUGCUGCUAUAGAAACAAAACUUGGUUGGACUCUUUUCGGGAAAAAUGGUAUGCGUGAGAUCUCGGACAAUUCCGCACUGCUCGUCACAUCCAUGUUGAAUAAGGAAAUAUUGAUAUCCGAUCUAUGGUCUCUAGAUUCACUUGGAAUUCUAGAUCCCUCAGAGAAGAAAAAUAAACUGGAACUUCAAGAAGAGGCAAGAGAUCAUUUCUUGUCUACUGUAAAGGUGAACGAAGAGGGACGUUUUCAAGUCAGCUUGCCAUGGCUUGAUAACCAUCUACCGUUAAAAGAUAACUAUGACUUAGCUGUAAAGAGAUUAGCUUCUACAGUAAAACGACUAAAAGCUGAGAAACUUUAUGAUGCUUAUGGAGAAGUUUUUAGUGAAUGGGAACAAGAAGGCAUCAUAGAAGAAGUACCAAAAAGCGAAAUUGAUGUAACAUGCCAUUAUCUACCACAUCGACACGUAGUAAAAGAAAACAGUACUACACGAAUCAGGCCAGUGUUUGAUGCCUCGGCCAAACAAAAAGGAUCCCCUAGUCUCAAUGAUUGUCUAGAAAAAGGUCAGAACCUUAUCGAACUGAUUCCUUCAAUUCUUCAUAGAUUCCGAAUGAACAGAAUAGGAGUUUCUGCAGAUAUACGAAAAGCAUUCUUACAAAUAAGUCUCAACCCUAAGGAUAAAGACUAUCUAAGAUUCUUAUGGUAUAGAACUGAUGGAAAACUGAAGUAUUACAGGCAUUGUAGGGUAGUAUUUGGAGUUACAAGCAGCCCUUUCUUGCUAGUUUCUGUAAUUCACCAUCUUCUAGAAUCCACUUUGAAACAACUAAAUGGAAACCCAAAGUAUAAAGUGGAUAUUAUUGAGCAAUUGAAGAAGAGCUUUUAUGUAGAUAAUUUUGCUUCAGAUACUUUAGCUACAAGAAAGCUAGAAUUACGUGGUUGGGAAUAUAGUGACCCAACAGAUAAUUCCUCUAGUACCACAAAUGUAUUAGGAAUGAUUUGGGAACGAUGUGGAGAUUACCUUUGCCUUAAUAUUACUAACAUCACCUACAAUCUACCAGAAAUUUUGUCUAAAAGAGAGAUUUUAGCUACUACACACAAAAUAUUCGACCCUUUAGGAAUAGCUUGCCUCGUAACUCUUGUGCCGAAACUUUUACUUCAGCACCUAUGGGAAGUUAAGUUAUCUUGGGACCAAGAAGUUGAUUCAAAUUCAAAAUCACAAUUUUGUAAAUGGUUGAAUGAUUUGCAGUGUCUGGAAAGAAUGAGAAUACCAAGAUGGUUAAACUGUGAUCGUGAGAUUGAAAAUAUCUCACUUCAUUUCUUCAGUGAUGCGAGUAAACUUGCAUAUUCAGCUGUGGCUUUUGUUCGAGUACAAACAAGAGAUUCGGUUCAAGUUCAUUUGGUGCAAGCUAAAGCGAGAGUUGCACCCAGCGGAAGGAAAAGACAAAACAAUAGCUCGAUUGGAACUUCUUGGAGCUACAAUAUGUGCACGUUUAGCAUCCAGCAUAAUACCUGA